ACAUCUCCUAUUCACACCACCAAUAAACCCCAAGGAAAAAAAAAUCAUGAAACCUAGACUGCUUUUCGUUCUCUUUAAAAGCCCAACCAACCCCUUCUGCCACUACGACACUCCGCAAUUGAAGAGAGAGAUAGAGAGAAGAUACUAGGACAAUGGAUCACGGUCUGGGUCUUCUUCUCAGUUGUUUCUUCAUCGUCUUCUCAUCUUUGUUCAUAUUUUCAGAAGCUCAGUUGGCUCCAGCUCUCUUCAUGUUUGGAGACUCACUGGUGGAUGUGGGCAACAACAAUCAUCUCAAGCUCUCCCUCGCCAAAGCUGAUUUCCCCCACAACGGCGUCGACUUUCCCGGGAAAAAGCCCACCGGAAGGUUCUGUAACGGCAAGAACGCUGCUGAUUUUCUUGCUGAGAAAUUGGGCUUACCAUCCGCACCGCCUUAUCUUUCACUGAUAUCCAAAUCCAACCUCAGCAAUGCAUCUUUCGUCGCUGGUGUCAGCUUCGCCUCCGGAGGUGCCGGAAUCUUUGAUGGCACGGAUGCACUUUAUAAACAAUCAUUACCGCUAAAAAAGCAAGUGGACUACUACGCGACCGUAUAUGAACGCUUGGUGCAACAGCUAGGAUCGGCUGGUGCACAGGAGCAUUUAUCAAAAUCGGUCUUCGCCGUUGUGAUAGGAAGCAACGACAUCCUUGGCUACUACGGUUCAGACUCAAGCACCCGCAACAAGACUACCCCACAACAGUUUGUGGAUUCAAUGGCUGCCACCCUCAAAGAACAAUUGAAGAGAAUGUACAACCUUGGUGCCCGCAAAUUUGCAAUGGUCGGGGUGGGUGCGGUGGGAUGCUGUCCCUCACAGAGGAAUAAGAAUAGCACAGAAGAAUGCAGUGAAGAAGCGAACUACUGGUCCGUUAAGUACAAUGAACGCCUCAAGUCACUGUUACAGGAAUUGAUAUCUGAGCUCAAGGGCAUGAGCUACUCCUACUUCGACACUUACAGUGUUAUGCUCAACCUCAUUCAGAAACCAGCUGCUUACGGAUUUAAAGAGGUUAAAGCUGCUUGUUGUGGGUUGGGGAACCUAAACGCAGAUUUCCCAUGCCUGCCGAUUUCAACAUAUUGCUCCAACAGAAAAGAUCAUGUCUUCUGGGAUCUAUACCACCCAACAGAAGCAGCAGCUAGCAUCGUGGUCCAGAAUAUUUUUAAUGGCACACAAGAGUACACAUUUCCCAUGAACCUGAGGCAACUGGUUGCCGCCUAAAGUGAGCAAAAUGAACAGAAAACAGAUAUCAAAGGCCUUGUUGUCAAUGGUAGAGAAUAUGCUGACAUGAAACACCAAAAGAGACAACAGUUUAGUAAAAGAGUGGGAUUGAUAAAGAUGGGCUACAUAGAAAUAGAAGUGACUUAGAACAAAGUGUAUGCAAAAUAGCAGAAAAUAUUAAUGAUUAGGAUACUACUGUACUGCAUCUGUUUUAAAUGUUUUGGUAUCUAAUUAUAGAGGAAAGUGAUCAUAGCACCAUUGCA